GAGGCGGGGGUAGGGCCGCCAGAAGACGCUGCUGGGAGCCGAGCCCCCGUCCCUGCUGGCCCGCGCCCAGCCCACUGGGCUCUCUGGCCGCUCGGCCCCGGACUCAGCCUCGUUUGGGAUGGCUCGCUGCUGCGCCGCGCUGGCCGGGCGCUGGCUGGGGGAGCCGGCCGUGGCCCAGGCGCUGCGGCUCCCUCGGGGCACCCGCCGCUGCUCCUCUAGUCCCUCCUCCGCAGAGGCCGCCCUGGAAGGCGGCAGCCCCGGCAGCGCCGACCCUCUGAGCUACACUGAGCAGCAUCGGGCCCUGCGCGAGGCUCUGCACAAGAUUAUCAAUAAGGAGAUUAAUCCAUUUGUGGACCAAUGGGAAGAAGAACGGAUCUUCCCAGCCCAUCAUGUAUUCAAGAUUCUAGGGCAAGCUGGCUUCCUGGGUGUGAACAAAGCAACAAAGUACGGAGGCCAGGGCUUGGAUCUGACUCAUCAAAUUGCAGUGGCAGAAGAACUGGGGAAUAUCACUGGGCUGGGCAUCGCCAUGGCCAUCCUGCUGCAGACGGACAUGGCCACUCCUGCUCUCGAAAGGUUUGGUUCUGAAGAGCUGAAGCAGCAGUUCUUGGUACCCUCCAUUGCUGGAGACUAUGUGGCCUGCCUCGGAGUCAGUGAACCUGGAGCAGGGUCUGAUGUGGCAAAUAUCAAGACAAAGGCUGUGCCCCAAAGGGGCGACUACAUCAUCAACGGCAGCAAAAUGUGGACCACCUCCGGGAGCCAGGCUGACUGGAUGUGUCUGCUGGCCAACACCAGCGCAGGGCCCGCCCACCUCAACAAGUCUCUGCUUUGCUUGCCCAUGAACCUGGCGGGCAUUCACGUUUCCAAGAAGAUCGAGAAGCUGGGCACGUGGGCCUCCGACACCGUGCAGGUCUUCUUCGAAGACGUCCGAGUGCCCAGGAAGUUCCUCAUUGGUGAGGAAGGCCAGGGCUUCCGCUACCAGAUGCUGCAGUUCCAGGAGGAGCGGAUGAACUCCUCAGCCCUGGUGCUGAGCCCGCUGACCAACAUCAUCCAGCAGACCAUCGAGUACGCCCGGGACCGCGUGCUCUUCAACAAGCGGCUCCUGGACAACCAGGUCGUGCACUUCCGUCUGGCCGAGCUGGCCACCGAGGUGGAGCUGCUGCGCUCGCUGCUCUACCGGACCGUGGCCCAGUGCAUGCGGGGCCACGACGUCACCAAGCUCGUGUCCAUGGCUAAGCUGAAGGCUGGGCGUCUUUCGCGGGAGGUGACGGACAGCUGUCUCCAGUACUGGGGGGGCGUGGGAUACACCCACCAAGCCUUGGUCAGCAGACUCUUCAGAGACCUGAGACUCGUCUCCAUUGGAGCGGGCGCUGACGAAGUCAUGCUCUCCAUCAUAUGCAAGUACAUGGACACACUUCCCAGGACCAAAUCGGCAAAAUGACGCCUUCCCGGGAACUGGUCAGGCCGCCCUGGGCCUGCCUGGCCCCUCAGAGGAGACCGAGAAAGGCGCCAGGCAAAGGCCCCCCCAACGACGGUCUCUAUACGCUGAAGGAAUAAAGGACCCCUUGAAGCUCCCUGUUGUGGAGUAUUUAUUGGACCUCUCCCACAAAUCAUCUUGGGGAGACUCUGAGGGGGAAACAUGACCUUGAGG